AUGAGCGAAUAUUUAGGAACCACACUCAAUAACAUUCCCAUUCUUUCCAAUGCCCACGGCUACUACGCGUGGAGCACACAAGCCCGACUUCACCUUACCAUUGUCGGCUGCAUCGGCAUCAUCAAAGGAACAGACACCGAGGCGUAUCGAAGUCUCAGAGUCUCACAAGACAUACGAGCGGGGUCUAUGCCGCCUAGAGAGGACGAGAUGGAUGGUCCCAGGACAUUGGGGACAGACGAGAUGAAGAGAUGGGAUGAGUGGAGAAAGAGGGAGCUUAGAGCCCAGGGUGUCAUCCAAGCCAGGGUAGAUAUGGGACUUUUGAUGGAGAUUCAAGAGUUAUCUACGGCGAAGGAGAUGUGGGAUUGGCUGGAGAACGACAUGAAGAUAAGUACUCCUCAUCAUUGUUCUGCCAUCGAAAGAAAGCUCCGUACUCAUUUCCUCCCUUCCAAUUCCUCGGUCAACAAUCUCGUUAAACAUCUCACCACAUUCAACUCUCUCUUCUUUGAAGCCAAACAUGCCGGUUGCGAGUUUUCCGAUAACACUUGUGUUCAACUAUUCCUUGAUUCUCUCACCCGUGCUACCGACUUUGACAUUGCUCUUCGUAUCUUCCAACAACAAUGCGGCUACCUUCAUACAUGGGAUAAUGUUAGGAAGAUGUACCAAGGGGAGAUUGCUCGAAGGGAAGCAAGGGGUGAAGGAGAUGUAGUUGGAGAGGUGAAUACGGCAAUGCAGAAGGUUUCCCUGGAGCAUGGUGCAAAAGGGAAGGGUAAACCUUGGUUCAAGGGAAAGAAAGGUGGUAAUGGUGGUGGUGGAAAAGAUAGUCAGGGUAAAGGUUAG